AGUGUAUAGAGGGCCAUAUUAUAUACAAUAACUAUCAACAUAAUUUAAUCGUAUUUGUAUUUUCUUUCUGUAAAAAUAAAUUAAUUUGUAAUGGAAUCCGCGAGUACUAAAACAGAUUCAGCUCCUAAACAAGCGAUGGUAUAUAUUUGUGGAGAAUGUCAUCACGAUAAUGAAAUUCGUCCCAAAGAUCCCAUUAGAUGCCGGGAAUGUGGCUACAGAAUUAUGUACAAAAAACGUACAAAACGAUUGGUUGUAUUUGAUGCACGUUGAUUCCUGUACAACAUAGAAUAAUAUUUUCAUUACAAUAGUUAGGUGAUGGAUAUUUUUCCAUAAAGAAAUGAUGAAAAGCUGGACGCAUGUGUUUACAACAUUCUAAAAAUUGUUGCAGUUUUAUAUC